AUGGGUGUAAAGGCCUGGCCUGUAGGAUACAAAUACCUUGCCAACCUAGUCAGGAUCUUAUCAAAGGAAAGUCAAGAACCAUGGGUUUUCAAGGGGACCGAGGAAUACGCCCCAAGAACCUCCGAUGAGUACACAACCAGAGAAGGAAUAGAACAGCAGGGUGAAGUAACAGCUGUGGUGAAGGCUGGAUCGUGUCUGACCGGCGACGUACCAGCAGCGGCCUUCUCACCUGUCCCCCCGUCCGCGUGCGUCUGUUCCCCUGCCUCCUGUCCCUAUACCCCCGCCUCUGUCCCCGCCUCCGUCCCCACCCCCGCCUCGUCCCCACGCCUCCGUCCCCACCCCCGCCUCCGUCCCCACCCCCGCCUCCGUCCCCACCCCGCCUCCGUCCCCCACCCCCACGCCUCCAUUUCCCCGCCUCCGUCCCCACCCCCGCCUCCGUCCCCACCCCGCUCGUCCCCACCCCCGCCUCCGAGUCCCCACCCCCGCCUCCGUCCCCACCCCCGCCUCCGUCCACCCCCCGCCUCCGUCCCCACCCCCGCCUCCGUCCCACUUGCCUCCGUCCCCCCGCCUCCGUCCCACACGCCUCCGUCCCCACCCCCGCCUCCGUCCCCACCCCCCGCCUCCGUCCCCACCCCCGCCUCCGUCCCACCCCCAGUUCCGUCCCCCACCCCCGCCUCCGUCCCACCCCCGCCUCCGUCCCACCCCCCGCCUCCGUCCCCACCCCCCGCCUCCGUCCCACCCCCGCCUCCGUCCCCGCCUCCGUCCCCGCCCCCCCGCCUCCGUCCCCACCCCCGCCGUCCACCCCCGCCUCCGUCCCCACCCCCGCCUCCGUCCCACCCCCCGCCUCCAGUCCCCCGCCUCCGCGUCCCCACCCCCGCCUCCGUCCCACCCCCGCCUCUCCGUCCCCACGCCCGCCUCCAUCCCCACCCCCGCCUCCGUCCCCACCCCUCGCCUCGUCCCCCACUCCCCGCCUCCGUCCUACCCCGCCUCCGUCCCCACCCCCGCCUCCGUCCCCACCCCGCCUCCGCCCCCCGCCUCCGUCCCCACCCACCCUCCGUCCCCGCCUUGCCUCCGCCCCCCGCCUCCGCCCCCCGCCUCCGCCACCCCCGCCUCCUGGCCGCCUCCGCACCCUUCACCCCCAGAGUGGGACCGUGA